AUGGCGCCCAUACAGCCCUCACAAGACAGCCUAGACAGGCGGAAGCUCGUCGGCAUCAACGCCGAAACUGUCACCAACAUCACCUCGACCGACUUCCCCGGCCACCAUGCGGGCGAGGACAAUUCCUGGUCGCUCGAGAAGUUCAAGCAGAUCCUCAAGAUAGUCUUCUACCAAAAUCAGAAACAUGAAGUGACGUUUUCCCUCAUCGGCGUUGACGCCUCCAUCGCCAACGCCUUCCGCCGCAUCCUCCUCGCCGAAGUCCCCACCCUAGCCAUCGAAAAAGUCUACGUCCAGAACAACACCUCCGUCAUUGCGGACGAAGUCCUCGCCCACCGAUUGGGUCUCGUCCCACUCAAAGGAAACAUACAGGGCCUGAGGAAACUCACGCCUUACGUCCAGACAGACCUAGACACCGUGGCCCGCUUGACGGAGCUCACUGAUAACAACACCAUCGCCCUAUCGAUGAAAGUAAAAUGCGAGCGCAAUCCCAAUGCCGACAAGACUGCGACUGAGCCGGAGGACAAGUACAUCAACAGCAACGUAUAUUCGCGACACUUUAACUUCUUGCCGGAAGCCAUGCAGGCGUCCCUUUUCGGCAAUGAGCCCAUCCAAGCGGUCAGUCCAGAUAUCUUGAUCGCGAAGCUCCGGCCAGGCCAGGAGAUCGAUGUGGUUAUGCAUGCGCACAUGGGCAAGGGGGGGGAUCACGCGAAGUUUUCACCCGUCGCGACCGCGACAUAUCGACUCCUCCCGACCAUCACGAUUACCCAACCGAUCCUGGGCGCGGACGCGAUCAAGUUCCAGCAAUGCUUCCCUGAUGGGGUCAUCAAACUCGAAAGAGUAACUCCGCAGGAAGCGCAAGGGGACACAGCAGCCUAUCACCACCACGAGGGUGACGAGAAAGCAGUCGUUGCAGACGUGAUGCGCGACACGGUCUCUAGAGAAUGUCUCCGACACGACGAGUUCAAAGGCAAAGUCAAGUUGGGGAGAGUGCAAGAUCACUUCAUCUUCAACGUGGAAAGUACCGGGCAGUUCCCCAGUGAUGACCUAUUCCUCCAGAGCGUCGAUAUCCUGAAGAAGAAGGCCAAGAGGCUAUUGAAAGCACUGGAUGAGAUCGAGAAAUGA